UCAAACGUGUGCCGUUAUUGAAAACACGCAUGUGCACUGUCUGGGAACAGUACGUGACACAAUGAAGCAGGCAGCCUCUGUAACCAAUUUAAAAUCGAGCACACCGUGGAGACUUCUCCCAUUUUUAUUAGAAGGCUAAGCCGAUACAAUACGUUAAACGUCAUAAAAUCGCAAGUUCAACCUACCAAUCAACAACAAGAUAACAUUGUUGCCUUCUUUUAUUUUUUGUUAUUAAGGGUGGAAGAAGUUGAAGCAUGAAUUCCGUUUUUCCGGCUCUUUGUUCCUCUUUUUCUUUCUCGGAGACGCCGUCACUAUUCUUUCCGGUCGUCUUCUCUCCUUUCCCCCGCACUCCCUCCUUUUUUUAGCCCCCUCGUCUCUGUCCCGUUUUUGAGAAGCGGUCACCUUGUGAUGAUGUGUGCAUACCCCGCCUCUUCCCAGCUGAUGCUCGCGCUCUGUCAAUUUCGAUUCUGAGAGGACGAGUUGAGGAAAAAAAGGGGGAAAGAAAAACGCAGGGGUUCUGCGGAGUCGCGUAGUUACAAUAUCCAUGGGUGGCUGUGUAGGCAGUCACCAUGAUUCUUCAGGCAGUUUAAACGAAAAUUCCGACGGAACUGGAGUUGCCCUGGGGCGGAACCACUCUCUGAAGCGGGACAAGCCCAAAUGGAAGAGCGACUACCCCAUGACGGACGGACAGCUGCGGAGCAAGCGCGAUGAGUUCUGGGACACGGCGCCCGCCUUCGAGGGCCGCAAGGAGAUCUGGGACGCGCUCAAGGCGGCCGCCCAAGCCUUCGAGGGCAACGACCACGAACUGGCGCAGGCCAUCCUGGACGGGGCGAGCAUCACGCUCCCGCACGGCGCUCUGACGGAGUGCUACGACGAGCUGGGGAACCGCUACCAGCUGCCGGUGUACUGCCUGGCCCCGCCCAUCAACAUGAUGGAGGAGCGGAGCGACUCGGAGGCUCCCGAGGCCCUGCUGGAGGUGCCCCCCGGCGCGGGCCAGGAGUGCCAGCUGCGCCUGCGUCUCUCCACGGGGAAGGACCUGCGCCUGGCCGUGCGCUCCAGCGACUCGGUGCAGCACAUGAAGCGCCGGCUGCAGGCGGAGGAGGGCUUGGCGCCGGGCAGCCAGCGCUGGUUCUUCUCCGGCCGGCCGCUGGGCGACAGGAUGACGCUGGAGGAGCUGAAGAUCUCCAGGGACUACGUGGUGCAGGUGAUCGUCAGCCAGCCCCCGGCCCCGGCCCCGGCCCCGGCCCCCCGGGACCCCACGCCCGUGGAGAACUAGGGGCUCCCCGGCCCGGAAUCCUGCCCUGGAGAGGGGAGAAGAGGGGGACUGAACACAAGAGAAGAAGCUCUCUUUAAAGAGUGUGUUCAUGGAGGUUGUUAGGUUUUGGUACGGUCACUGCUGGACAGGGGAGGGUGCUCUGUGUGUUUUUGUGGCACCUCUCCCCCCCCCCCCCC